CCUCCUCUCGCUCGUCCUCCUGUAGCAGCCGCUAGCACAGUGUCCGCUGCCGGGCGCGGUGUCGGCGGGGCGGUCGGUUGGCGUCGGCUUCGGUGUCGCUGCGGUUGAGUUGGGCCGUCAUGGCUGAGCUGGAUCCAUUCGGCGCUCCCGCCGGUGCUCCCGGUGGCCCCGCGCUGGGGAACGGGGUGGCGGGCGCCGGCGAGGAAGACCCGGCCGCGGCCUUCUUGGCGCAGCAGGAGAGUGAGAUUGCGGGCAUCGAGAACGACGAGGCCUUCGCCAUCCUGGACGGCGGCGCCCCCGGGCCGCAGGCGCACGGCGAGCCGCCGGGGGGUCCGGAUGCUGUUGAUGGAGUGAUGAACGGUGAAUAUUACCAGGAGAGCAAUGGUCCAACAGACAGUUAUGCAGCCAUUUCAGAAGUGGAUCGAUUGCAGUCAGAGCCUGAAAGUAUCCGUAAAUGGAGAGAAGAGCAGACGGAGCGCUUGGAGGCCCUUGAUGCCAAUUCUCGAAAGCAAGAAGCAGAGUGGAAAGAGAAAGCAAUAAAAGAGCUGGAAGAAUGGUAUGCGAGACAGGAUGAGCAGCUACAGAAAACAAAAGCAAACAACAGGGCAGCAGAAGAAGCCUUUGUAAACGACAUCGAUGAGUCAUCCCCGGGCACUGAAUGGGAGCGGGUGGCCCGCCUGUGUGACUUUAACCCCAAGUCCAGCAAACAGGCCAAAGAUGUCUCUCGCAUGCGCUCAGUCCUCAUCUCCCUGAAGCAGGCCCCCCUGGUGCAUUGAAGAGCUACCCUGUGGAAACACUACGUCUGCAAUAUCUUAAUCCUACUCAGUGAGGCUGUUCACGUAAUUGGAUUAAUUAUGUUGAGUUCUUUUGGACCAAACCUUUGUCUUUAGAGUUGAUCAUUGUUUGUGAUUGCAUGUUUCCUUCAACUGUGUUCUCCCUGGCAUUCAGAGAAGAGAGGGGAGGAGGAGGAGGAGG